UUCGUUCUGUUCUGCAGCUGCUUGAUAACACGAAGGUUUAGGGUUCUCUCCAGAGAUGGCUUCUUCAGAAACGGAGAGCAGCACCAGAGGUUCUCAAAAUCCAGACUGGGAAACCGAGUUUAACCGCUUCGAAAAGGCGAUUUCGUCUUCUCCGGCUCCGAUCCGCGUAAGAUCCGUCAUGAAGCUAUCAGAAUCAGCGAAUCGAAUCCCGAAGAGUAUUCUCUCCCGCGCCAUCCCAAUCCUCGCCGGUCUCCUUCGCGUCUCCGAUGAUCCCAGCCGUUCAGUCCAAUCCGCCGCCGCGCAUUGCUUGAAACGCAUCGCAUGUAUCGGCGGCGAAGAGAGCGGGUUCGCGGUGAAGAUGGGAAGGUGCGGCGUGAUUGCUUGCUUGCUAGGUCUCUUACUCGAAGCGAAUGGUAACGACAUCGCGUUACGAACGAUUUGGGUGAAGUGUUUGUGGAGUUUAGUUACUUUCGGAUCUUCGAUUCGAAUCGGAUUAGCUAGGUUAGGUGGUUUAGAGAUUGUGAUUCGUGAGUUAAAUACUUGGGAAGAUGAUUCGAGUAGAUGGUGUUUGUUAGAGAUCCUUACUGCUUUGACGACGAUACGAGAGAUGAGACACGUUCUUGUCCAUAACGGAGGGUUGAAGUUUCUUGUGGAAGCGGUUAGAGUUGGGAACUUGGCGUCUAGAGAGAGAGCUUGUCACGCAAUUGGGUUGACUGGGAUCACUAGACGAGCUAGGAGAUUGCUGGUCGAAGCUGGAGUGAUUCCAGCUCUUGUGGAUCUGUUUAAAGAUGGAGAUGAGAAGACAAAGCUUUUAGCUGGUAAUGCCUUGGGGAUCGUAUCGGCUCAGACCGAGUAUGUUAGGUCUGUGACUGCAGCCGGUUCUGUUCCUUUGUACGUUGAGCUUCUCUCGGGGCGAGAUCCAGUGGGGAAAGAUAUUGCAGAGGAUGUGUUCUGUAUAUUGGCUGUAGCUGAGGGUAAUGCUGUUUUGAUAGCGGAACAGCUGGUGAGGAUCUUGAGAGAGGGAGAUGAUGAAGCCAAGUUGGCAGCUUCUGGUGUGUUGUGGGCUCUUUCGGGUUAUAGGCAUUCUGUGUCUGUUAUUAGAGACUCUGGUGCGAUUCCUUUGCUGGUCGAGAUUUUGAGAGAUGGAUCUGCUGAGUUCAGGGAGAGGGUUUCUGGAGCUAUCUCUCAGUUAAGUUACAACGAAGACGACCGUGAGGCUUUUUCUGAUUCCGGUAUGAUACCGAUUCUGAUUGAGUGGUUGGGUGAUGAGUCGGAAGAGCUUAGGGAUAAUGCAGCGGAGGCACUUGUUAAUUUCUCUGAAGACCAACAGUAUUAUGGUAGAGUGCGUGAGGCUAUAGGGCAUCCUGUGUUUCGGAAUAUGCAGAGCAAACUUGCUAGAAUCCGAGCUUCUCAUGAGCUGAUGAUGAUUAGGUCAAUGAGAAGGGUUACAAUUGAACCUCUUGCUCGGGAUCAAGAUCUUCUUUGAUCUUGAUGGGAAAAUCCAGCUCUCCAACUUCUCUGAUGUAUGUUUAUAUAAUCUUGACUCAACUGCUGUUUGAUUUGUGCACUUUUUCUUUUGAGACGUUUGUAAUCUAUACAUGUACCAAGGGUAUUGACUUUGAACAGAUAUGGAUUUUAUGUCAUCGAUCUUCCUUUA